GGAAUACUUUUCAACUAAACAAGCUUCAGGGCCAGGAAUCGCAACAUUACGAAUUACUGUGUACCACCAGUCCAAUUUAUAAACCGGAUGUGGAUAUUGCCAUAGCAACUGAAACGCCGAUUUUGUGGUCCCCAAGGCAACCAGAAUCACCUCAAAGACAACCACCAUUGCAUGACUACAUUCAGAAAAGAAGGAAUACAAAGGCCGACACAUACAAUCGAAAAAUAAUCGAUUGGAACCCAAGAGACGACAUGAGCACGCAGGAGAUCGAUGGAUCCCUUAAUGGAGUCGAUGAGGCUGUACCGCCCAGGCCGAAAAAGAGCAGCUUAAAG